GCGUGGUUGGCAGCAGGUGUUCUCAAAAAAUUCACAAAUGAUGCGUUCGGUGGACAGGCUGAGUGUAAAUUUUACCACAUUUUAUAAAUGAAAAUUAUCACAGUUCGGCUGUCGCAUUAGUUAGGAAUAAAUUUGGCCAUCGGAAAUGAACGUGUACACAAUGCCCGGAGUGGCCGACAUGGGCAUGGUCUGGAUGGGUGCUGGGCAGCCCAACCCCGACAUGUCCAUGGAACUCAUGUCCGGGGACAACUCGGACAUGCUGCUGGAGCACGAGAACCCAUAUUUCACCCCAUCCAUACACAGCAUGUCCAACCAGUCCAUGGACGAUAUCCACACUAUCCACAGCUCGCAAAUGGACGCUAUGGAAAACCUAGAUAUGAUGCAAUAUAUCGACAUGAAGCACGAAAGUAACGACUCAAGUUAUGCCGAAGAUGAUAGUCAGAACCCUGUAUAUAUGAUAAACUCUGCCACGCAAACAUUGCCCUGCUCUACGCGGAAAAUCAAACCAAUCAAACACCCUGGGUUGGUUUUGAAAACACCAAUAGCCUACCAAAGCAAUACGGACCCCUCAGUCAUACCAAUUCAAAAAGAUGGAAUUGCUGUUUGCGAGAAGUGCGGCGCCAUCGGCGUCAAGCACGCCUUUUACACCCGAGAGCGCCGCUUCUGCAGCAUGGCUUGCGCCCGCGGCUACAGCGGCCUGAUCCCCGAGCCCUUGCCCCUGUCCCAGCAGCAAACCCCCGAACACCACCAUUUCGCCAAACACCGCUUCACCAUGAAAACCGAAGACGACUUUGCCAACACAGUCGUCGACCAGGAAUUCCCCCAGCUGCCCCCACCGCCAGUGCUGCCCCCCAUCGACGAAACAGUCCCGCUAAUCCGUCGCAAGCCCUCCGAACUGGCGAACUCGCACGACUGGGAUUCGCAAUUAAACGACCAGUAUUUCGUGGCAGCCCCUGUCACGUGUUUCAAACACGCGCCCAUGUCCGACAUUUGGGAGAAUAUCAUGGUCGGGAUGAAAGUCGAAGUGGAAAAUACCGACUGUGAUAACGUCUCAGAGGCGUUUCCCGACUCGUUUUGGGUGGCUACUGUUUUAAAAAUCGUGGGGUAUAAGGCGUUGCUGCGGUACGAGGGGUUCGGGUCGAAUGAUUCCAAAGAUUUUUGGGUCUCGUUGUGUUCGAAUCAGGUGCAUCCGGUCGGGUGGUGCGCCACGAGGGGGAAGCCCCUGAUUCCGCCGAAAACGAUCGAGGACAAGUAUAACGAUUGGAAGGAUUUUUUGAGCAAGAGGUUGACGGGGGCACGCACGUUACCGUCGAAUUUUAGCAAUAAAGCGAGUGAUAGUCUUAAGUCUAGAUUUCAAUGCGGCCUUAAUUUAGAAGUUGUCGACAAAAAUAGAAUUUCGCAAGUUAAGGUUGCCAUUAUUCAUAAAAUCGUGGGGAAGAGGCUGAAUGUGAAGUAUUUUAAUAUGCCGUCGGAUGAUGCGGGGUUUUGGUGUCACGAGGACUCGCCGCUUCUUCAUCCCGUUGGCUGGGCAAAGAAGGUCGGCCACCACCUAGUGGCCCCUGUCAACUACCUGGAGCGCGUCAACCACUGCAUUUACGACGACGACGACGCCACUGACGAGCUUUUCACCCCUUUCCAAGUCGGUUCAAAAGAACCCACUGCCGACGGCGGCUUCUGCAUCGGAAUGAAACUCGAAGCAAUCGAUCCUCUCAACCUGUCCUCAAUAUGCGUCGCCACCGUAAUGAACGUCCUACGCCACGGCUACAUCAUGAUCCGGAUAGACACCUACGAAUCGGAUAUGACCGGAGCCGAUUGGUUCUGCUACCACGUCAAAUCCCCGUGCAUUUUCCCCGUCGGUUUUUGCGAAAAAUACGACAUUCCCCUAACCCCUCCAAAAGGCUACGACCAGGACACCUUCACCUGGCGGAACUACCUCCUGGAAACGAACAACGUGGCAGCUAGUCCCGACCUCUUCGCCUCCUACAUCCCCAUGCACGGGUUCGUCCCCGGGAUGAAAAUCGAGGCGGCUGACUUGAUGGACCCUAGAUUAGUUUGUGUGGCGACGAUUGCCAAAGUUGCAGGGAGGUUGCUCAAGGUGCACUUUGACGGUUGGGAGGAGGAGUAUGACCAGUGGUUGGAUUGCGAAAGUCCCGAUAUUUAUCCCGUGGGAUGGUGUCAAAGUGUGGGACACAAGCUGGAAGGACCGCCGGUUAUCCCUCCAAAACCCACAACUCCCGUGGCGAAGCUCGCCAAAGGGAUGAAGAAAAGAGGGCGUAAAAAGAAAAUCAAAGAAGUGUCGCCCAAAGCGGCCACGAAAGUUAUUAAAGCCGAAGUGGAACCGGAAAUUGAGAGGGAGGAAAUGGAAGUUGCUGAUGACAAUCAAGGACCGGAAGCGGGACAAGAACCUGCAGGACCUGACCAAAGUCUGCCGGUGGCGACCGACGCCAAUCCGCCUCCGGAGCGCAAAGCGACAUCAUAUAUUAAUGCAACAAACCCAACAAGUACAAAAUUAAUACCUCGUUUAGUGGAUAGUACAGGAACAAGUAGCGAAACUGGCGAACUGUGUCCAGACGAAUGGAAUAUUUACGACGUUGCGCAAUUUUUAAGGGUUAAUGAUUGUGCGAAUUAUUGCGACUCUUUCAGUAAACAGAAAGUGGACGGUAAAACGUUGAUGAAUCUCAGUAAGGAGGAUAUUUUAGAAUACACAGGGGGUAAAGUGGGCCCAUCUCUAAAAAUAUUCGAUCUCAUACAACAGUUAAAAAUAAAAGUGAAUCCAGCGCAAAUUCGCCAUAUGAAAGCAAAUAUCAAAAAGUUUUUAUAGUGCCUAAAUCUGUUAAUGUGUAUAUAAAAAUAGGUCUUAAAAUAUUUUAUAUAUUAUUAAGCUUGGUAUUUAUCAACUAGUUUAAUUUUGUGUGUGUCGCCCGGAAUUUAUUUCUGUUUUUCUUCACUUUGUAUUCCCUAUGUUAAGUUCUACAUAAUAUUUAUUCUAUGGUGAUAGUGACGAUUGAAAACUUACUUUUUGGUAAUUUGAACAUUCAAUGUCUCAAGGAAAUUGUACAGUUAUGUCGUGGAACAAUUGUAAUUGUAAGCAUGAAUCCUUAGUUUUUUAACAAAUCGGUUUUCUGUUUAUUAACUUGUGCUUUUACACAGUUUAUUUUGUACGAGUACUUAUUUUUUGACUUCUUAGAGAUAUGAAAAAUAAGUACGGAAAUUAGAUCAAAGAUUCUGCAUUUGUCAGACAGCCACAUGAUAUUUCAUUAGGUACAUUUUGAAAUACAAAUGGUCAAAAAAUAA